AAAUCAGAGCGUAGGAAACUUGCCAUUGCUGUGUUGAACGUGACCGGUGUCAGUACUGCGUGUAACCGGCAUUACCGCAAGUUGUGUCUUACGAUCGUUUUCACGUUUUCGAGGUAGUAGAAGAUUAGCGAGAUGAGCGACGACUUGCCAUAUCGAGCGGAAUACGCGAAAAGUGAUCGCUCUAAAUGUCAAUCCUGCAAGCAAUCCAUCAACAAAACGAGUCUCAGACUCGCCGCUGUUGUUCAGAGUCCAGUUCAUGAUGGAAAAAUACCUAGAUGGUAUCACUUCAAAUGCUUUUUUAUACAACAAAGACCAAAGUCUACCGCUGAUAUAGCUUGUUUUGAUGAAAUUCGUCAUGAAGAUCAAGAAAAUAUUCAAAAGAAAAUUGAAGAAUGUCUUAAUAUUCCUCUGGCAAAAUCUGCAAAAGGAAGAAAAAGAACAAAAGCUACUGUGGGUGCUUCUGGAGAUUUCAGAGUAGAAUAUGCCAAAUCUAAUAAAUCUACUUGUAGAGGAUGCGAUGAAAAGAUCAUCAAGGGUGAAGCUAGAAUAUCAAAGAAGGAUUAUGAAAGUGAUGAAGCCAGAAGGUUUGGUGGAAUGGACAGAUGGUAUCAUGUGGAAUGCUUUGUAAAACUAAGAGCAGACUUGGGAUAUUACGGAGGUGGAGAUGAACUUCCGGGUACCAAGGAGCUUUCCAAAGAAGAUCGAGAAAAUCUUAAGAAAGUUUUGCCUAAAGUGUCGCAAGCAGAAAUGCCACCACCUUCCAAAAAGAUUAAAGAGGAACCGGAAGAUGCAGAAGAAGCAAAGUUGAUUAAAAAGCAAAAUGAGGAGUUGUAUAGCAUAAGAGACCAAGUAUCAAGACUUGGAAAAAAAGAUCUGAUUAUAAUAUUGGAAAAAAACCGUCAGGAAAUUCCAACAGGCGAAUCAAACAUCCUGAAUCUUUUAGCAGAUGUACUGUACUUUGGAGCCCUAGAACCUUGUCCAAAAUGUAAAGGACAACUUAUUUAUAACUCUGGCUUGGGUUAUAAAUGCACUGGUAAUGUAACAGAGUGGACUAAAUGCGAGUAUGUCACUCAAGAUCCGAAAAGGAAAAAGUGUGAAAUACCAAGUGACAUGAAGAAAGACUUUCCAGUUAGGUCGUACAAGUCCAAAGUGAAAAGACGAAUGUUCAAGAUGACAGCACCAUCGUCGUCAAGUUCUGUUAAAAAAGAGGAUGAAGUAGACGGACCGAAAGUGAAAGGAAAGCCACGUCCUCUAAAGAACAUGCAGUUUGUCAUAUUGGGCCGUACGCAGAAGGACAAAGAGGACUUGAAAAAGGAAAUUGUGUUAUUAGGCGGUACUGUUACUACUAAAAUUCACGAAGACUUGGCUGCUGUAAUUUCGAACCAGGAUGAAGUAGACAAGAUGAAUAAAAGAAUGGAAGACGUGAAGUCGCAUGACAUCCAAGUAAUAACUGAAGAUUUUAUCGAAGAAGCGAAAGAAUACACGGAUGCGCCCAUUGUGCUCUUAAAAAAGAAAACCAUCUCUAGCUGGGGUGGUGACAUAAAUGCCAGGCUCGAUAACGUCAUCGCGAAAUCUGGCGCAUCCAAGAGCAAAAGCCGAUAUGUGAAGUCGAGUUCUGGUAAAGUAACGGUGAAGGUGAAAGGUGGCGGAGCCGUUGAUCCCGACAGCGGAUUGGAACAUUGCGCGCAUAUUUACCAAAAGGGCAAGGAUAAAUAUACCGCGACCUUGGGUCUUACGGACAUACAAUUAAAGAAGAACAGUUUUUACAAGUUACAAAUUUUGAAGGACGACAAGUAUAACAGAUACCACUUGUUUAGAAGCUGGGGCCGGAUCGGCACUACAAUUGGCGGCAACAAGCUGGAAGAACUGUCUUUAGAAGAGUGUAUAGCACAGUUCGAGUCGCUGUACGAAGAGAAAUCGGGCAAUCGGUGGAAGAAUAGGGAGCACUUUGUCAAAGUGCCGGGUGCGAUGUAUCCGAUCGAUAUAGAUCACGGAGACGAGGAGGUUGCCUCUCUGGAUUCGGACAUCAAGAGUAAUUUGCAGAAACCGAUUCAGGAUCUGAUGCGCCUCAUUUUCGACGUAUCCGAAAUGAGGAAGGUUAUGCUGGAGUUCGAGAUAGACAUGGACAAGAUGCCGCUCGGAAAGUUGUCCAAGAAACAGAUUGAUAAAGCUUACGCGGUUUUAACGGAGCUGCAGGAGAUAUUAAAGAAGAGCAACGUGGACCGCACGACACUGAUCGACGCCUCCAACAGGUUCUACACACUGAUACCUCACAACUUUGGAGUUUCCGGACCGAAAAUUCUUGAAACGUCCGAGGAGAUUAAAAGCAAGUGCGACAUGCUGGACGCAUUGUUCGAGAUGGAGAUCGCGUACAGUCUUCUGCGUGAUAAGACGGACGAGAAGGAGAAUCCGCUUGACGCUCACUACAAGCAACUGAAGACAGACAUCGAAGUGUUGGAUAAGGAGAGUAAAGAGUACAAGAUGAUUCAGCAGUAUGUGAAGAACACCCACGCGGCUACUCAUAUGCAAUACGACCUCGAGAUCGAGGAUGUGUUCGUCGUGAAGAGACAGGGCGAAGAGCAGAGAUUCAAGCCCUUCAAGAAGCUGCCCAACAGAAAGCUGCUCUGGCACGGAUCCAGAACCACGAAUUACGCGGGAAUAUUGUCUCAGGGUUUGCGUAUCGCGCCACCGGAAGCGCCCGUCACCGGCUACAUGUUCGGCAAGGGUAUAUACUUUGCCGACAUGGUAUCGAAGUCUGCAAAUUACUGCUGUACGCACAGCCAGAAUCCGACCGGUUUGUUGAUGCUCUGCGAAGUUGCUCUGGGCAACAUGUCUGAGAGAUAUCAAGCUGAUUACAUCGAAAAGCUGCCGAAAGGCAAGCAUUCGAUAAUAGGUCGCGGUCAGACGCAACCUGACCCACAAAAUGUUUACAAAAUGGAAGACGGCGUUGAAGUGCCAUAUGGAGAAGGAGUACCUGCCAGUCUUACUAAAAAGUCGGCAUUAUUAUACAACGAGUACAUUGUAUACGAUGUGGCUCAGGUAAAAGCGCGAUAUUUGCUAAAAAUGAACUUCAAAUACAAGUACUAAAAUAUGUAACACAAAAGUGAUAUGCGGCAUUCAUAUUACACUAUUCUAUUAUGCAUUCGUAUACGCUGAUAUAUGUUUUUGACUAAAAAGUAAUACUAAAUUCCAACAAAUUUCUUUUAUGUUACAUUUUCUUUUGUAUCUUCUUUUUUUUAAUCUUUAAUAAUAUUUUUUAUUCCCAGUGUUUUGUUAUUCUAGUGUUACUUGUUUGUAUGUCAAAUAGUCUUUGCUACCUCCAACAUAAACGGUAAGAUAUUUCUUACAGUCUGAAAUAAAUUUUUCACAAAAUAAAAUUGUGUUUU